AUGGCACCGGCAUGGAUUCAGCACCAUGACGACGCGCCUGACGUGGAGAACCCGGCUGAGCGGUUCACGGGCGAGGAGCUCGAAGAAGGGUUUUGCUCUUAUGGCCUCUGCUUGCAAGCGUGGCAAAUGGGUGAAUUCAUCAACAGAGGUACCGUCUUCUGGUAUCGCUCCAUGAGUCAGUCGGUGACAUGUACACUUCCUACUUGGCAGCACCGCAUAUGCGACGAGACCCUGUUGUAUCUGACUGCCAGAACCAGGAUCACAUGUGUCUGUGCUUCUUCCAGCGAGCAGCUCGAUUGCCCGAUCGAAGCUGUCCUGCCGAUGGUCGAAGGUGGAUGCGCGGAAAAAGGCAAGAUCAACUUGAUCUUGUUGAAAGCGGUCACUUCGAGCAACGGACAGCCAGCAGAAGAUGUGUCCCGUGCUGUGAAUCCCUACGUCCUCGAUAUCUGGGCUCCCGACUACACGCCGAAAAACCCGCUCGUCCGCAUCGUGUUUGCCCUCGACGUGCCUUAG